GUGGUGUCGUCGUGUAUACCGGCCACGAGCAAGAUGUCCAAAGCCAAGAAAAUCAUCGACGAGGCUCGCGAGAUCCAGAAUCCGGAGCUCGAUCUCACGGACAAGGGGAUCGCGAGUUUCGACGAGCUGCCUGGUCUACUUCUCAUGCAAAAUCUUACGAGAAUCACACUGAGUCACAACAAAAUACAAGCCGUACCGCCUGGCCUGGCUAAUUUGAUCAACCUGGAGAUACUAAACUUAUUCAACAACCACAUAACGGAACUGCCCGUGUCGCUGUCGCAAAUGCCAAAGUUGAGGAUCUUGAAUCUCGGGAUGAACCGACUGAACGUGUUGCCACGGGGUUUCGGCGCCUUCCCGAUGCUGGAGGUCUUGGACCUGACCUACAACAAUCUCAACGAGAAAAACCUCCCGGGGAACUUUUUCAUGAUGGAGACACUGCGGGCCCUCUACCUGGCCGAUAACGAUUUCGAGUUCCUACCACCGGAGAUCGGACAGCUGAAAAACCUGCAAAUACUAAGCUUGAGGGACAACGAUCUGAUCGAACUGCCGAAGGAGAUCGGCGAACUGAACCGACUGCGCGAGCUCCACAUCCAAGGAAACCGGUUGACGGUUCUGCCCCCAGAAAUCGGUAGUCUAGACUUGGCAAGCAACAAGGCGGUCUUUCAGAUGGAGUUCAACCCUUGGGUCACUCCGAUAGGCGAUCAGCUCCAGGUCGGGAUUUCGCACGUCAUGGACUACCUACGCUCCGAGACUUACAAGUACGUUUACAACAGACACCAGGCAGCAAAAGGUCCACCACCGCCGAUCGAAAACGACAAGAGCAAGAAGAUUUCGAGAUCUCGAGGGUGAGGGCUCGUCGGGAAUCGAUUGGUUUUUUUUACACUGCCAUAGUUUUUCAUUUCCAGCUGAGAGAAGUGUAAUUGCGUCCUGAACGCGAUUUUCAUUGUUUUCAUUUUAUCAACUUGUAGAGUAACUGUGCCUUACUAGCGUGUAGCACAUUUUUAAUAGUGGACACACAAAUUAAUGUUAACAACUGGAGCUGAAGUCAACUUUUAUACAUAAAUAUUAACACAUGACAGUAUUUUUAUACUCCGUGAAAAAAUAAGGAUAUUUUUAU